AUGGCUUAUUUGAGUAUAGAAAAAUUCAGGCAAACCCGAAGCAUAAUCCAAGGCAUCUCUCUCAUAAAGCGAGAAGAAAAUGAUACAUGUGAAUAUUGCUAUCAAUGCAAUGAAGCAAUCAACGAUGACAUUAUGAUACAAAUAGGAGUAAAAUUAAUUUUUCAAAUAGAAACCAGGACUUUCCAUGUAAAAUGUGUAAAUCCUGUCGAUUUCAAAAUGCUGAUACCUUUGACGAUACCUCAAGAGAUCUAUGACACUGAAAUAAUUCAAUGAAUUCAAAAUUGAAAUUCCAGCUUAAACUCAACACAUCUAGAGCAGAUGACGAUAAAUAAAGCUCUACAAGGUAAAAUUCGUACAAAUCUUAGAAGACCUUGGCUAGAGGUAUUUAAAUUUUUGAAUUAUAAAGAAGUGCUUUGAGCGAUUUCUUUAGUAAAUAAAGAGUUUUAUGAGAUUUGCUGGAGCGAUGAAAUUUGAUGUUUUUUUAUGUAUAGAGAUUUUGGGGAAAAAUGCCAAUUAAAAAGUCUAGUAAGAGAAGAAUAUUUUCAAGCAAUUUAUAUGAGAUGCCAUAUAUGUCACGAAAAAUCUUAUGAACUAAUAUAUCGGUGCCAUGUAAAGAAAAGACCAGUGUGCCAGAAAUGCAUCCUUACUAAUCAAAAAGAAAUCAUGUGAAGUGAUGCAAAAUCUGCUUUUUCUGAAGAAAGGCUUAAGAUGUUCUGAUCUUGAAAAGGGGGAAAUCCAGCUAAACUUAAAGUUAUAUUAACAGUAGUUUUAUGCAGUCAGCAAGGAUCUACAAUAGGAGGAUCAGCGGCUUUGCGACUAUGUCUUCCACCAGGGACGACAGUGUCUCCUCCUUGCCUUUCGGCUUCAGUGGUGAGUGGACAAUCUUCGGACUUCUGUGGCCUUGCUUGAAGCUGAGGGGGGGUACAAAGUUGUCCACACAAAAGACCCAAAAAUGGGCUUUCUCGUUGACUAUUGCAAAAAGGGAAACUCCUAGCCUAGGGCGUAACACUUAGUUUCAUGCUGGAGAUUUUGCCCGAUAGGUCUAGGCAUUGCCUUCAGAGCUGGCGCUGCCUCCCCUUUCCAACUUCCGAAUCUCCUCUCUCCUUGAAGUAAAAUCCAACCCUGAAAUUGGACUAGGGCUAGACUCCACACAGCACUGGAAUUGUUUAUUUCUUCUCUGAUCAGGCAAAGCCUAGCCGAUAUGUGCUCGAAGGAAGUCAGCGUAGCCAGCCACUAAACGCUGAGACGCCAUAUUUAAAUUGUGGAAGGGGAAUCCAUCAAGCUGCGUACUUAGACUUUGAUGUUUAUCCCAGGGCUGUGGUCGAUGAAAUUCAUGAAAGAUUAAUUAAUUCUGGAGAAGCUUAUUUGGCAAAUUGCUUUAGUGAUAUUGCCAAAAAUUAUGAAAGACGGAAUCUCCUAACAAGCAUCAUUAUAAAAGAGUCGAAAAACAUUAUUAAAUGUUUGAAAGAAAAUAAACAAAUUAACUCUCUAGCAGUUGACAUGAUUAAAAGUACAAGAAUCAAUAUAAAUAGAAUUAAUGAUAAUUAA